AAAAAAAAAAAAAAAAAAAAAAAAAAAAAAAAAAAAAAAAAAAAGUUAAUACUUUUAUUUCAACAGAUCAUUCACGUAAAUGCAUAUAUUUUUUCUUUCUUUCAUUUUUUUUUAUCAAAUAUAUGAAUAAACAAGAUACAUAAAAUAUAAUUAUCACAUUCAUUCCAUAUAUCAUACUUUUAAUAAACAUAUACUAUGCGUUCUUCAGAUUUUAAUCCUUCUUAUAAAUCAACAGCUUCACUACCUCUUCAGUCUUCACUAGUAACUAUAGAUGAACAAAAAUUAUAUGAUAUUGAUAACCCAUCUUAUUGGUUUAAUGACCUUCAACAAUAUAGAAAUAUCUUUGAAGAAAUAGAACAUACAGCAUUAGAUCAGUUAUUUCAAGAACAAUUAAAUCAUAUUAGUCAUUGGUAUGAUUACUUGAAAGAAUCACAAAGAACAGCUACAAUCUACACCUUACUUCAACAAGCAAAUCCAGUACAAUUGAAAUUUUUUUAUGAUUUAAUACAAAAUUUGCUAAAAGAAUCAGGUCCAUCAAAUCCCCUCAUGAUAAACAAAAUAAAUCAACAAGCUAAUCUAUCAUUUUCAUCUAUUACCGCCUAUACGUCAAAAAAGGAUAGCACACAUUCAUUCUCUUCAAAUAAUAUAGACAAGCUAAGUCGAAUAUUUGAUGACAGUAGUUCAUGGUAUAAUAAUGACGAACAACCUACUUUCUCAAAAAAUUCUUGGUUAAACUUAUUACAAAGACAAGAUAGCUCAGUAUUUGACAAAACUGUAGAUACUUCCUCUAAAAGAAGAUCUUCUUCAAUAGAUGCACUUUCUAAUACUUCGUGGACAUCAUUCCCUGCUGCAGCGACAGAUAAUAAUCAAUCAUCAUCAUUAUUAUUAUUACCAGUCUCAGAUCAGAGUAAGAAACAAGAUUGGAAACGGCCUUUAUCAAUCUGUUCUGUUCUGUCUACAAGGAAAAAUGAUAAUCAUCAUCAUCAAGUGAGUCAACCAAGAAAGACUCAAAGCAGCACUACCGAUUAUAAAUACUAUUCAAGCAUUCAAUAUCCUCCUGAAUCAAUAGUCAUUUCUGAUAAUAGUAGCAACAUUACUUUUGAUAAUCGUAUUCAUUCUACUACUACCGACACUCAUAUGAAGAGAGAUACGAUCGAUAAUAAGGAUGCUGUUAAUAAUUAUUUUAAGCAACAUAAAAGAAAAGAAGAAACUACAGAUAUCAAUAAUUUUAAAAAUAAGAGACAUUAUAGUUAUAGUUUUAAUAACAAGUAUAAAUAUGUUAAUAUGGGAUUAUUAGAAGAUACUACAAUGUGGAUGAAAAGCUUAAGAUUACAUAAAUACAAUGAUAUUUUCGGAAAAAUGAAAUGGCAAGACAUAGUUAAAUUAGAUGAGGAAGGAUUAAAAGCAAAAGGCGUAAAUGCUUUAGGCGCAAGACGAAAAUUAUUAAAAGUAUUUGAAGGCGUAAAAGAACACUGCCAAACUAAUAGUAUCGAGUACUAAUGACUACUAUCUCUUAUAAAGAACAAAAAUUAUAUACAAUAAAAAAAAAAAA